AAGAUGGCAUAGCAACAGCCGAUCUCAGCAUGUAUUUCGAAACUGUGAUUGUAAGCAAAAACAUCAUACGAAAUAGUGUCCACCUUGUGUUUCUCUCUGUCUCAUGGCCUACGGUAUCAUUCGUGGCACAACCCUAUAUGGCCAGUACAUGAUAUGGUUGGCGAUAUUCAGAGUUUUAAGAAGAUAAUCGUUUGUAUCAGAUGCUUGUUUCAGACGUGUCGAUAUGAGAUUGCUUUCCACACUGAAAAUCACGGCUGUGAAUCGUAUUAUCGUGUUACUGCGGCAUUGCCAAUGAUGUUGAUGAAGCAUCUUUCAUGACAACCCGUGCAAAUGCCAUCUUAUUCUCUCUGCAAAUCCUUUCUCGCAAUUGCUCCAACCAUGCAAAUUCAGGAAAAUGUCUUGCACACUCCGAGAUAGUAUUGCAUGUUUGACAUCUAGGCUGUGAUACC